AUGGAGGAAAAGGGAAUCGAGGUCCCGAUCUACUUUCUCUGCCCCAUAUCCCUCCAGAUCAUGAGGGAUCCCGUUACCCUCUCCACCGGAGUCACCUACGAUCGUGAAAGCAUCGAGAGGUGGGUCUUCUCCGGCGACAACGAGGUCACCUGCCCCAUGACCAAGCAGCUACUUCCGGACCCUGAGAUCAUCCCCAACCACACCCUCCGUCGCCUGAUUCAGGGAUGGUGCGUUGCCAAUGCGGCCAGCGGCGUGGAGAGAUUUCCCACACCGCGAGCUCCCGUCAGCAAGGCUCAGAUGGCCCAGCUCCUCGACGAGUCCACGGCGGCGGCGUCGCCAACCCAGCUCGCUGCCCUUCGCAAACUCCGGUCCAUCGUCGGCGAGAGCGAGCGCAACAGGCGCACUGCCGAGUCCGCCGGCGCCCCCCACCUUCUCGUCUCCAUCAUCAGGAGAAGCGCCGCCGCAUCGUCCGCCGUCGAUGGCUGCACAGGAUCGACCAGCGGCAGUGCCCUGGAGGAAGCGUUGACUAUCCUUCAUACCCUCCAGGUGUCCCCGCAGGGAUUCUCCGAGCUGGUCGAGCGCAACGGCGAUCUCGUGGAGAUUUUCACCGAGGUCCUCCGCAGCUCGAGUUAUCAAACCCGCGCCUACGCCGUCAUCCUCCUGCAGUCCAUCACACAAGCCCUCCCCCUGUCCCAGCUGGUCAACCUGAAGAAAGAAAUCUUCGAGGAGCUGAAGAGCGUUGUCAACGACCAAAUCUCCCUCAAGGCCAGCAAGGCGGCGCUGCGGGUCCUGUCCCAGCUGAGCAUCUGGGGAAAAAACCGUGCGAAGGCCACCAAGGCCGGCGGCGUGGGAGUUAUUCUGGAGCUCCUGCUCGAUGAGCAGGACGGGAAGGUGUGCGAAAUGGCGAUGGUUGUGCUCGACCAACUGUGCGGCUGCGCCGAGGGGAGGGCGGAGCUGGUGGGGCAUCCGGCGGGGAUUGCCGUGGUGUCGAAGAAGAUACUGAGGGUUUCUCAACUGGCGACGGAGCGGGCGGUGAAGGUUCUCUACUCCGUCGCCAAGUUCUCGGCGGCACCAGCGGUGGUUCAGGAGAUGCUGCAUGUCGGCGUCGUCUCAAAGCUGUGUCUGCUCCUGCAGCUGGAUUGCGGGAGCAAGACGAAGGAGAAGACAAAGGAAAUCCUUAGAUUGCAUGCGAGGAUGUGGAAGGACUCCCCCUGCAUUCCGCCUCUGCUGCAGGCUUCAUAUGCCUGCUAUUGA